AUGGCAAAUUGUUUAUUGACUGGCAAGACACCCCGUGAAGCCUUGAAGGAAGACAGCAAGCUGUCGAAAUUAUGCCCCGACUCUGUUUUGGCUACGGCAUUGAAUAAACUUCAGUCAAUCAGUAGCAUUCCAACGCCUGAGCUUCUCGCAAUCUUGGACUUCCUCACCUCAGCACAGAACUAUUGGCCAUGGACAAUAUUUGCUAUCCAUCAGGACAAGGCCAUGGACGAGCUUCGAGCAUAUGGUGGCGUAUUGGAGCCUUCGUCAAAGACCUUGAGACACAACGCAGAGAAGGCUGCGAACGAUGCUCGGGUUGCUGCGUAUAUCGCAGAAACCCUGGCCAUGCAACUUUAUCAUCUUCGUCAGAUGGGGCAAGAACACGAAUUUGCCGAGAAAGUCGUUCGUGGACUUGACUAUUUCCUCCGAGAGGGGAAACAAUACUAUUAUGCCCUCGAACUCGCGGACGAGAUGCUAAGACUUGACCCCGGCUGGAUUGGCCCCCGAGAAAAUGGCUUCAAGAACGAGAUGGAGACGGCGAAUCUCAACCUGUCUCUGGUUGAUGCCCAAAUCGCCCUUUUCCAUGCUUGGGAGUUCUUGUUGGUCGAGCUUAGCACGUGUCUCCUACCAAAGGGUCAGCUCAUCACAAAACAAAUGAUGCAAGUCGCAGAACAGUGCCUGAGCGCAAAUCAGGAGAGCCAAGGUCCCACGAGAAUCUUUGAGAGGAUCACGCAGUCUCGUGCAAAUCUCGCCAUGGUUCUUGUCCAACGCCUGACAGAGGUGUCAUUAAUGCCUAAGGACAUUGUUCAGCUUCUCACGACACUCUGGACUACCAUUAACGGCAUCGAAAACCCGUUCGGCUCGGAGCAGCUCCAGUACUACCGGACACUCCUGAAAACACUCUUCAUCGUCCUGAGAGGGUAUAAUGGAUCUCAAGUGCCUGUUGGCAAUGUCAAGGCGGCAAAUGACUCAAUCGUUGCUAUUAACCAGGGUAUCCUGAACAUCCUCGAUCGUGUUGUCGCACAAGGCUUCCGAACGCUGGUUACAUUGAUUCAUGACCCCGAGGCCAUGGUCUUCCCAGAAGACAUUGCGCUUCUUACAGCUAUCCUACAGGCUUGCUUGGCCAUACCAGGCAUGGACCAAUGUCAGACUCAGAUUCUUAACAUCAUGGUGACACACGACGUCCUCCAUGUUGCGACAUCGCUGUUCUCGUGGUCUGACAAAUUGGCUGACAAGGGCGAUCCUGUAUAUGGGGAGCUAAGCCUUCUAUUUCUCCUUGAAUUAUCCACGCUGCCACUGCUCGCCGAGCAGUUGGCCUGCGAUGGGCUUCUUGGACAGCUUACCUCAGCCAACAUAUCCACUCAUAUUCAGCGACCGAACGUGUCUCCAUAUACAGACAGCGUUGGCGCACAACGAUGCUACGGCAUCUGGGCAAAGGGGAUACUCCCUCUGCUCCUCAAUAUAUUGACGGUUCUCGGUGCAACCAUUGCUCCUGAGGUUGCAUUUGUUCUCAGUCGGUUCCCCAACCUCUUAAAGUCCAGCAUAGAGCGCUUCGAGGCGCCAGGCCUUAGUCGAACGGUCUCUCGUGAAGCACCGCAGUACGUCAGCCUCAUCACGGUCUCAGAGGUUCAUUCCCUGGCCCUGAUCACGCGCGUGCUGGCCAUAUUGAGAAUGAACAACAACCGGGAUAUACCCGAUGUCGCAUGGGAUGCGGCUACACUACUUGAGAAUGUGGAGUUCUGGCUCUCUAGCCGCAAACUUCUCAGGGAUAGGAUCUUGCCACUCGGCAGCAGGGAGGCCGACUGGAGGAGCAUGAAGACUGCCGCGGCAGGUGCCCCUGGAAAAUCAGACAAUAAAUUAGAGGCGAAGGUGGUUGCGUUGCUCGAGGCUGUCAAAGAAAUCUUGAGCGAUUCGGAUUGA